UUCCAAAAACCUGGCCUGUGUCAUACCUCUCGAAUCUUGGCUAGAGUUUGCUGGUAGAGUACCAGGAUUCGGUAGACUUUAAAGGCCUCAACAGAGCAGACGCGUGUGGUUUAGAACUGAACCGAAUUAUUAUUAUUAUUAUUAUUAUUAUUAUUAACAAUGUUUGGUUCAUCCAGAGCUGGAGGUGUAAGAGGUGGGCAAGACCAGUUCAACUGGGAUGAAGUGAAAUCCGAUAAACACAGAGAAAACUACCUGGGGAACUCUCUAAUGGCCCCGGUAGGGCGUUGGCAGAAGGGCAAGGAUCUUACAUGGUAUGCCAGAGAUAAGCAGGGCAGUGCAGCAAAGUCCAGAGAGGAGGAGAUGGCUGCUGUACGGCAGGCAGAACAGGAGGCUAUGAUGGCAGCACUAGGCUACAAAAAUCAAACACGACAGCCUACAGGCCUAACCAAAGAGGACCUGGCAGACGCUUGCAGACGCGAGGGAGCGGAGGGGGACUUGAAGGACGUGGACCGUGUUUCAGGGCUCGGGAGCUCCAGAUCCAGUACCAGCAAAGUGGUGCUCUCUAAACAGGACAAGGAGGCUGCCAAGCUUGGGUUAUCUAUCUUCACACAUCACAAAGUAGAAGACAGCCAAAAGACUUCUAGCCACAAGAGGGAACUAGAUGUUAGAGAGUCAGAAAGCCCAAGGUCUGAGGGCAAAAAGAAGAGCAGCAAAAAAGAGAAAAAGAGCAAAAAGGAGAAAAAGAAGAAUAAAGAAAAAAAGAAGAAACAUCGAAAGAGAGAGUCGUCCUACUCCUCUGAUUCAGAGUCUGAUGAACGUAAAAGGAGGAGAAAGGCCCAUCAUCCAUCAUCCUCACGGCAGUUUGGUGCCGGUCGUGGUGACAGCCAUUCAUCAGCGGAGGCUGAGCGCCGGUGCCCCCCCAGUGGCAGGCGGCAGCGGCAGUGCAACGACAGGGACUCGUCCUCCAGCAGGGGGUCCCCUCCUCCAGGGGCCCGCAAGGCUCAGCACCUCGACAGCCGGCAAGCGACCAGCUCCCCUCACACACGUGGGCACAAGCGCCGCCACGACACCGACUCGGACGAUUAAUUAGGGCUGUCACACGCAGUGUAAGGGGAGAGGUGUAGGUCUGCUAUCAUUUUCUCUUUUUAUUUAUUUAUUUUUUUUCUUUUUAAAAAAAAAAAAAAAAAAAAAAAAAAAAAGGAUGUGCAUCAUGCUUAUUGUCAUCCAGGUACCAACCGCAAUGCCUGGGCAAAUCUGAGCAGAAUCAUGUGUCAGGUGUCGUAGAACUUUAGCAUCCCCCACAUGCCCAGUUUCUCAUUGUAAAGUGUUCAAAGUUUACAAAACAAGUAACUCCAUCAUCUUUGUGACCACAUAGAAAAAAACUUCAACAGAAAGAGCCAGUUUUCACCCAAUGAUUCACAAACAAAAAGGACCUAAAGCCAUAAGGCCCUAAGUUUGAAAACAAGCCUGUGACUUUUUUUUUUCUGCCAAGGCCAAUUGCAGCUGUAAGUUUUUGUAUUCUCUUUUUUUUAAAUAAAUCUUUUAAAGAAAACA